AUGCCCGUCUCCUCCCUUUACUCUGCGGAUGGCCAGGGUAACAAGCGGUGCUGGUUAAGCUUUUCUGCAGGGGCUUGGUGUUCCACAAUGUAUAGAAUUCGAAAGCAGGCACUGGGACUCUCCACCCCCGCAUUUCUCGUGUUUCCGCUGCUGAUGUUGCUGCUGCUUCUCCUCGGCUACGUCAUGCUCGGUGGUCGUUGGUGGCGUCACACGGCGGGAUCGGAAAAGAAUUCGGCGCAGCCCUCCUUUAAUCCAUUGGACCAUUGCGGCACGCCCUACGGCACCCUCCUUGGCUACGCGCAUGGCAUUCCCGCAUUCAGUAAUUGUCACCGGCUCUGGAAGACGCAUGUGUACGCCUUCGUCGCACUCAGCCAUCCCCACGACGUGCGGCAUGCGCCGUUUUCGUUAGGAACCCUGCACUCACGGGGGACCGGGACCUGCUGGGAUUCGGCGGAGUACAUCGUCCGCUUCUUCUACCUGAUCCGCGGCAUGAGCUUCAUCUACUCGACGCGUGACGUCGUCAGCCACUGGUCGACUCUCGAGUUCCAUGGGGGCAUAGCCACUGAUCGGUCGUACGAGGCUAUCAGGUUGCUAAACGCGGCGGAGGCCACGACGGUGAAGCUGCGCAAGCGGCUCGCCCCAAAGGUUGCGGAUAUUGUUGUGUGGGCUGCGCAGAGAGAGAAUGACCUUCCCGAGGGCCACCUCGCCGUUGUGGUGCAGGUGGAGCAUGACGUGGAGGCCGCAGGUGGUGAGGACAGUCUGCGUGAACUGCAGAAGGAGCGGCUGCAGCCCCAGCUGGUGUACAUUGCGGAGCAGAACUUUGACAACGUGCUGUGGGAUGGCAAAAACUACUCCCGCGUGCUGCGCUUCUACUGGAAAAACGGCAAGGAGGCGAUGCUGCACGACUCUUCAGGUCCUCAAGAGUUGGGGUUUGUUCGAAAGGGGCAAGCUUGUCGUAAGCCUCAAGGGCGAGGGUGCAGCUGA